AUGAACAUAGGAUUUGAGAGAGAUUUGUGUUUGCUGUUUGAGAUUUGGAUCAACGAUGGUGGUGGUUCGCGGUGGCGGCGAGUGGUGAUGGAAAGGAACGGAUCCUACAUCCAUGCUUACAAGGUACUAAUUGAAUAUGAAGGUAAAACAACUGAACUAGAGGUUGAGCCAGACGAGACAAUUCUGUCGAAGACACUGGAAAGUGAUUUGCCAGUGCCAUAUGACUAAUGCAUGACAUGCCCGGCUCGAAUGGACGACCAAAGUGAUGGGAUGCUUAGUGAGGAUGUUGAGGAGAGAGGUUAUGCUUUAUUGUAUUGUCACAUUAGAAUCAUACCCGAGGAAGAAUUGCUCUCUCUGCAGCUAGUUACUUCCAAUGACUAAUAAAUCUGUUGGUUGUUAAAAUUUUCAGUUUUGAGGCACUGCUAAUUGUUACUGUUUUUCUGCAUUAAAUCUAUAAGAGGAAUGUGCAAAGUGAGAUUCUGAAGGCAAAGGUUAACGAUACCUUGUAUUUACUUGCUGGAAUUUCUAUUGUUUGAAGAAUAUUUAGGCUUCCACGUUUAGAUUUCUCUAAAAGCGUUCUCUCUGACAACCAAGAAUGAUAAAAUCAUUCGCAUUCAGUCUAAAAUUUAAGCACAAGAAGAUUUAGUUGGAAACACCUGCUACCAUUAAACAAAGUUCUUCAUAGAUAAAAGUAGCAAAAUAGGACAUGUAUUGAAUAAAUGCAUUGUGCGUGGCUGGUAUCUAUCUAUUAUUACGGGUUCAAUACUACUUCUCAGAGUUGAAUGUAGACAUAUAAGGUCAUAUAACAAAUUUUGGAAGUAUGGUCAAAUGUUAAUGAACAGUAAUUCAUCCAUGCGUGUAUAACAGUAAUUGGACACAAUGUGAGUUCAGAGGUGACUAACAAUUAAAAAGUAGACACUUCUCCAUAUCCAUGUGGAAGUAUGCUAACAAAGCAUUCAACACUUAUGUUCAGUGAAUAAAUAUGAUCGUAUCAAAAAUGUACUCACUGACUCCAUUUGAUGUUGAUGCAGACAGCAAGCACUUCAGAGUAGCUCCCGCAAGUGAUAAAUAAACUCGGUCUUCUUCAAAAUUUAGAUCCUAGGACAUUAUCAGAGCCCAUAAAUCCAGUAUAGCAUAUGGCUAACCACAUUUUGUAUCUCAAUGAAGGCCAUAACACGCAGUAUUACUGCUGAGUUCUCAGGGCAAGGCUCUGGAUUUUCUCUGCUCAAGUUUCAACUUCACAUCAAUUCCAUUUAUCAAUUAUGGACUUGAGUACAAUCUGAAGCUUCCCUUCCAAUUUCUCCCCUUUCCUUGGAGUAUAAACCACAUUAUGGAUAUCAUCAGCCAAGGCCCUCUGAGCCAACAAUUCCCCAACCGCAGCACAAGCAUUUCUAUUCUUAGUCGAACCCAUGGCCUUGGAAAUAGAAUGCACCACAACCAGAGGUUUGCUAGAAUUUCAGAUCAAAAGAAUGCUCUUUCAUUCAAUAUUCAUUGAGACUCGUUUGUUGACAGCCUAUUGCACAGCAUUGUGUUUGAACCUUGUGAAAAGCGAGGAAACUCAUCUAAUCCUUACUUCCCCAUCUGUUUCUCUGGAUCUUGAACAGGUUUCCUAGGUAAUCCCCAGCUCCGUAGAUUGUUCUUUUGCACAGGGCCAAUUCUUGGUAUUCCUUCACUUUCCCCUUCAUAUAAAAAAUUACAGUAUCCGAAACCAAAAGUUCAUGAUGCAUAUUUCUCUUAACUGGUGGUUUUCUGGUCACGACGGUUACAGUUAAAGUUCCAUUAAAGAGCAUUUCCACAUGGUAGAACCUUCUCAAGGAAUAUAAGGUUUUCAAUAGGCUGAUCUUGAAGCUGCCCAGUCAACACAAUUAAAAGCAGAGUACACAGCACGUGCAACAAACCCAGCCGUUCUUUGCUUACAAUGGUAAGUACCUCAUUAUAGAUUCUUUGGUCGACUAUAAAUGCUUCACAGCCUUGUUAAAUAUUUGGAUUUUUAUACUUGGUUCUAGCUACCAGAAAAAGGACUUCGAAACGAAGACUUUAAUAUUAUUGGUCGCAUCAUAAUACGCAUAAUAUGAGUUUACAAUCUCCACCUGAAUGUAAAUGAUUGAAAGGAGAAUGCUACCAAUCAGGACAAAUUUGACCUUAAAGAGGAUAAACAAAACUUCUACUUCAGAUUCUUUCAUA